AAUUCUUUCAAUUUUCAACUAUAAAUGAUCGUCAAAUGCACCUUACAACAAUUGAUGUAGAAAACAAUUUAUUUCAUUCAUUAAUUACAAAAAUUACCCUUCAAAAAACCCAGUACCAAUUUCAACAACGUAAUCAAAAAAAACCAAUUGGUCAAAUUAGAUUGCUGAAAAUUACCUCUGAUAAUGAUAAAAAUAAAUGUUCAAUCUUAAAAACCAAUUUUAAUCAUAACAUAAAGGAGGGAGAGUACAUUGUCAUUAAAGGACAAAAAUUAAGUGUUGUUGAUGUAAUUUCAGAUACUAAAUUGAAAGUUGCAGGUGUAUAUCAGACCUUAUCACUUGACAAUGAUGAUGCAUGGGUAGACUUUCAAACUGUGCCAAAGACAAAACUUAAUGGUUUUAUUGAUGCAUAUAAAUUAAUGUUUGAAAAGUAUCCAAUUGAAAGUUGCAUAGAUUCUGAGCAAAACAGGCCACUUAAUUUGAAAAUACAUUUUAAAACCACCAUUACAACAUUUUCAGAUCUAGAUAUUGAAAAAAAUAAUUUUAUAUCAAAACAUUCAAUUAAAUAUCAACUAGGAGAAUGGAUAAUUCAACUUUCAUGUUUAAUACCCAUCCAGAUUGCAGUUGCUAAAAAUAAUCAAUUUCAACCACUUCGAGAUGGUUUAGCAUCAAAUGAUUAUGAGGUAGAUUUUGAUGAUGAACAUGGGCGUCGUUUUGGUGGUAUUGCAGAAAAUAUUUCACUUGGAUGGUAUGAAGGUAUAUUUAAACAUUUUGGUGAUCGUCAAGUCAAAGUUGUUUCAAGUAUGGGUGAACAAUCAUGUGGGAAAUCAUAUAUGUUGAACCACCUUGUUGGAACAACAUUUGAUGGUUCUGCAAUGAGAUGCACUGAAGGAGUGUGGAUGUCAUUAUUUAUAACAAAAAAAUAUAUUUAUGUUGCACUUGAUUUUGAAGGAUUAAA